CUAUGUAAAAAAAAAUAUAGUAAUCCUGAUAGAGAUUUUAAUGAAAAUUUUUUCUAAAACAAUAUUAUCAUAAAUUGUUGGUUACUACUUCCGCUGCCAAAUCGUUCUAUAAAUCUGUGAAACUCAGCAAGAAGUGGAUAUAUUAUUUUCUAAAUAAACUUGAGUUUUUGGAAAAUGAAGAAAGUUGCUCGACUGCGAAUUGCACAGCAGGAUGAUGCUACCAGUAAUGCUAGCUCUGAAAAUAUGGCUGUUCGAACAACAGGACGUAUAAAAAAACCCAAAGCUGUAUUUGAUCCUUCUGACAAUUAUUUGCCACGUUCACAACGUGCUAACAAUGCAGCAACGCAUUCUGGCGGUACGGGUCCGACAGCAACAGGAGUUUCUAUACUUAUAGAUCGAAAACGCGAAACACCAACUUCGCUUUAUCAAGAUUCACAGCAAAACAAACGUCUUUCACAAUCCUCAAUUACUUCGACUGGUACAUCUGCUAGUGAAAUCGCGUCCACAGAAGUUGUAUGUGAUGUUUGUCAAAAGCGUGAAGCUAAGCGUGGUACGCACGCCAGGAAUAAAUUGAUAUCUUGUUUGGAAUGCGAAAGACGUGUACAUAAAUUAUGCCUACCGGUGGAUUUUGAAGAUAUUGACAUUUUGCGUCAGAACUACAAGUGUGAAAAUUGUCGUACAUGCGAAGUAUGUGACGCUUUUAAUGACUGCGAACCAAAAAUUAACCAACCAAUGGUGACGUGUUCUAAAUGUGUUAAAUCUUAUCAUCUGACCUGCCACAUCCCCAAUGUGUUUAAAUUCCAACAGAUUUUGCGAUGGAAAUGCAACAAAUGUCAACCAUGUAUGAAUAAUGGAGGUUCUGCUUUGCCAGUGAAAACUAUAAGGGAGAUCAUCGGUGAUGAUCCACAUCGCUCAAACCGUACUCAACUCCUUCAGCAAAAUCAACAAAAUGUAAACAUUGCCGAAGCUGCAGCUGAAGCGAAAAGUGCUGCUGCCAAACUUUCAACACAGGUUGUGCAAGUAGGUAACGACAAUGGCCAAAAGCAAGUCAAGGGUAUAGAAAGUGAUGGUAGUUGCGUAGAAAGUGGUGGUAGUAGUACCACAAGUAGUAGUAGCACGACCAGUAGCAACAUCACUAGUUUAAGUGGCGAAGCAAAGAUUGAUGAUGUUACCACCGCAUCGAAGAGACCGAAAACAAUUCACGAAGAAACUACAAAUAAUAAUACACCGGUUAUACGAUAUAGUCCCUACGAACCCAUAGAUGUGCCCGAUGUAAAAGAUUGGAAUGCUGAACAAGUCGCUACAUAUUUUGCCAAGUACUUUCCUAACGAGGCGCACGUUUUUAAGGAACAUGAAAUCGAUGGAACUUCACUGUUGUUGCUUAAGCGCAGUGAUGUUAUUAAAAAGCUACCAAUUAAAUUGGGUCCUUCACUUCGUAUUUACAGUUUAAUAUUAAAAAUACAGACACAAUUAAAUGAUCCAACACUCGGUUGGAAUUGUGGACUUUAAGGCUAACUAAUGUUACUACCGUUACCACUAAAUAUUUUAUUUUCAUGUUAAAUACUGGUUUUUGAAUUCGAUUCUUGAAUAACUUGUUUAGUUUUUUUUUCUUUAAUAUACAUUUUACGUUUGGUUACGAAUUUUGAAUCUUUCUUUAGCAAUUUGCAUUCAUAUUUGUUAAAAAUAUAUGAAUGCGCCCAAUACAUAGUAUAUAAAGGUAUAUAUACACACAACAAUAUAAGUUCACAACACGUACUGACCCUGUGCAGUAUAUAUUGGUUGCGAAAGGUGAAUUUGUAAUAUUUUCCAAUGUCAAUUUAUUGU